AUGCUUUUGACCAAUAUUAGAAAGCUCGCCAUUGCAGGCGCCGUUAUUGUUGUGCCCCUCUCCUUCUACGGUGGUCUUGCGAUCAAGGAGCACUUCCUCAGCAAGGAGAUGGAGGUCACCCCAGAGGCAGACCACAAGGUCAAGGAGCGUGCGAACAGGGCCAGAAUUGUCCAGCUCGAGGAGCAGCGGAAAGACCUCCUCAAGGAGGGCGACGACAUUGACAAGAAGAUCGCCCAGCUCAAGGCUAAGAUGGAGGGACGCAAUCUGCCAUAA